CAGAGCCUCCCUGCCCGGGACGGCGAGCCAUGGCGGGCGCGGAAGAGAGCCUGUUGCGCCAGUUCCCCCUACUUCUGCCCCAGAACCGCGAGAAAACCGUGUAUGAGGGAUUCAUUUCGGCUCAGGGAAGAGACUUCCACCUUAGAAUAUUGUUGCCUGAGGAUUUGCAAAUGAAGAAUGCAAGAUUACUAUGUAGCUGGCAGCUGAAAACAGUACUUAAUGGAUACAGUCAAGUGGUCCAACAGAGAAUGCAGCACUCUCCUGACCUACUGAGCUUUAUGAUGGAAUUGAAGAUGAUUUUGGAAGUUGCUUUAAAGAAUUCGCAAGAGAUACGGGUGCUCUCUGCUCCUCCCCAGUUCUAUUCAAACCUUAUUGAAGAGAUAGGAACUCUUGGUUGGGAUAAGUUUGUGGACGUGGAUUCUUGCUUCAGUACCAUCAAGCUAAAAGCAGAAGAUGCUUCUGGUAGAGAGCAUCUACUCACCCUCAAGUUAAAGGCGAAGUACCCUGCAGAGUCACCAGAUUGUUUUGUGGAUUUUCCUGUUCCAUUUUCUGUUUCUUGGACACCACAGAGCUCUUUAGUAAGUAUUCAUAGUCAGUUUUUGGCAGCAUUAGACUCACUGAAGACAUUUUGGGAUGUUAUGGAUGAAAUCGAUGAGAAGACCUGGGUACUUGAGCCAGAAAAACCUCCACGGAGUGCAACAGCACGCAGAAUUGCAAUAGGAAAUAAUGUUUCCAUAAACAUAGAGGUAGACCCCAGGCAUCCUACUAUGCUUCCUGAAUGCUGCUUUCUUGGUGCAGACCAUGUGGUGAAACCCCUGGGAAUUAAGUUGAGCAGGAACAUACAUUUGUGGAAUCCAGAAAACAGCCUAUUACAAAAUUUAAAAGAUGUUUUAGAAAUUGACUUUCCAGCUCGUGCUACCCUGGAAAAAUCUGAUUUUACUAUGGAUUGUGGGAUCUGUUACGCCUAUCAACUUGAUGGUGCCAUUCCGGAUCAAGUGUGUGAUAAUCCCCAGUGUGGACAACCGUUUCAUCAAAUAUGUCUAUAUGAGUGGUUGAGAGGCCUGCUCACCAGUAGACAGAGUUUUAACAUCAUGUUUGGUGAAUGUCCGUAUUGUAGUAAGCCAAUUACCUUGAAACUGUCUGCGAAGAAAAUCUUGAAAUAAUGUGUAUUGCGAAGAGCCAGAAACUAAAAAUUACCAAGACUUUAUUCGACAUCUUUAGAGAAAAUACAAAGCAAGACAUACCAG